CUUGUGUGUGUGUGCGCCGCAGAGCUUAUAAUACUUGACUAAUGACUAGAUACCAGACUCAUCGUGUUUGUUUAUCAGUAUACAUUCGGAUUCUGUAGGCUUCGGGUGGUCGUAAAAAGCAUUUCUUUUUUAUCGUUCUUUGUUUUUGUGUUGCCGAUACCGCGGCGCGUAUACACUCAAGAUUGGAGCGUGAUGACAACUGCUAUAACUACAUUUACCGCAACUACGACUUCUACAAAUUUUUCAAAAAACAUGAUUACGGGUAUUUCGUCGAUACCGACGGAAGUGUCACCGCUACAAUCAUCGGCGUCUUUGAUGUCCCACAAUUGUAAUAAUCGCAAAGAUACCAACGAAAAUUGCGAACGGUAUAAAGUGACGAUGAAAAACAAGACUGCUGAGAAAAGAUGUUCGGUAUUUGAUCUCACUCCGAACAAUGUUCGUUGUGUAAACAGCAAGUUUGAAGAAAUUAAAAAAGAAGUUUGUGAUGAUGAUAAAUCAGAGUAUUUUAUAAUUGUAAAUUUUUCUCAAUCGUUCGAGAAAGAUUAUCUCACGGAACGCAAAAGCGAUCAUUAUAUUUUCAACAGAUGGUCAAAAAUUGAUGAUAAGUUAUUAAAAAGCACAUUAUCGUAUUUUAAUUCGAUGAAAACAACCAACGAUUCCGGAUUACCGUCGAAUCAUCAUCACCAACGAGAAGCGAAUCAACACAAAGAUACAUCAUGCGGCGCAGUUAGAGAAUCUUCAUGCUGUGUAGAAAAUAAUGGUUGCAACAAAUAUCAUCAUAAUCGUUGUCGCCGUAUUCAUAUAAUACUCACGGGAUUGAAUGUGUUCAACAUAUCCAAAUGUUUCCUUCAUUUAGAUUCUAAUGUGAUAUUUAAUUUUAAUAUUGGUUUGCGUUUAUAUUCCAAAUCUCUGUCUGGUAGAUUGCCAUUUUGCAUGACAAAGUUUUUUAUAGCCUACACUCCGUCCAACGCGAUGGUGGUAGAUAUUAAUAAUUAUACGACGUUUUGUGUUUGA